AUGUUGGGCCCUCCCCCGAACGCCUUCCCCGCCCCCGCGCACCCCAGAUGUGGCCGGGGAGGGGCCAGAUCCAGAUGUGGCGGCGGAAACCCAAAUCCAGAUGUGCGGUGGGGUGGGCGCUGCGAUGGACAGCGACACAGAUGUGGAGGAGGAUCCAGAUGUGCAGCCCCAAAAACGGCUCAGGAUGACCCAAAAGGUCCUGGAAACUCCAGAUGUGGGGCUGAAGCCCCGAAUCCAGAUGUUGCACACCCCAAAAUCGGCUCUCAGGCGUUCUCAGUGGACAGUGACACAGAUGUGGAGGAGGAUCCAGAUGUGGAGCCCCAAAAAGGACUCAGAAUGACCCAAAAUGUGCCUGAAAGUCCAGAUGUGGAGACCCCAAAUCCAUGUGCACGCCCCAAAAUCAGGCACAAGACACUGGUGGUGGACAGCGACACAGAUGUGGAGGAGGAUCCAGAUGUGGAGCCCCCAAAACGGCUGAAAAUGACCCCAAAUGUGCCUGAAAGUCCAGAUGUGGAGACCCCAAAUCCAGAUGUGGAAAGGCCCAAACCCGGGCACGGGACGCUGGUGGUGGACAGCGACACAGAUGUGGAGGAGGAUCCAGAUGUGCAGUCCCAAAAAAGGCUCAGAGCAACCCGAAAGGUGCCUGGAAUUCCAGAUGUGACCGCAAAGGCCCCAAAUCCAGAUGUUCCAGCCCCCGAAAUUGGGAGCCAGGCAUUACUGGAGGACAGUGACACAGAUGUGGAGGACGACGCAAAUCCAGAUGUGCAUCCCAAAAAAGGGCUCAGAACGACCCCAAAAGUGCCCAGAAUUCCAGAUGUGGAGGUGGAGACCCCAAAUCCAGAUGUUCCUAAUCCCAAAAUCGGCUCUCAGGCGUUGUCAGUGGACAGCGACACAGAUGUGGAGGAGGAUCCAGAUGUGCAGCCCCAAAAACGGCUGACAAUUACCCAGAACGUGCUGGAAACUCCAGAUGUGGCCUCAAAGGCCCCAAAUCCAGAUGUUCCAGGCCCAGGACUCCACCCCCCGCUGGUGACAUGACACAGAUGUGGAGGACACGAACCCAGAUGUGCAGCCCCAGAAAAGGCUCAGAAUGACCAGAACGUGCCAGGGACUCCAGAUGUGGGGACCCCAAAUCCAGAUGUUCCAGCCCCCGAAAUUGGCUCGCAAACAUUCCUGGUAGACAGCGACACAGAUGUGGAGGAGGAUCCAGAUGUGCAGCCC